AUGGCUUCCCAACUAGAAACCUCCAAAUCGAAUUCUGCGUAUGAAAAUGCUGUACAUACGUGGGCCCAAAUCGACUUGUCGAAUGUUCAAAAACGGCUUGAUGAGCAGGGAAUCGAGCUCCGACGCGAGCAGAAAGAAUCUCUCUCGAAUCGUCGAGACUUAGCACAGAAAACCAAAGAUUUUAAAAAACUUGAUGAUGAGCUGAAACUUUUAGAGUUCAAUCAACUCCUCAAACUGUAUCAAAAUGAGAUUGAUACCCUCACGACGAAACAAAAGAAAGCGGAGUCAUAUUUUUUUGGCUUUUACCGUGUUAUCGCAGAAGCCCCCGAUCCUAAGCCAUUGCUUCAACUUUCUUUGAAAAAGAUCAAUGAUCACAUGAAAAAUGAAGAACUCACGAAUGAAAUUUUAAGACUUAAAGAUGAGUUAAUAAAAAGAGCCGACUACGACUUACUAAAGCAGAGACUUCUAAGCAACGAACAAGGCACCGCCGAACUUAUAGCUGCAAGGUUAAAGCAGCAAGAAGACAUGUUCAAAGCUUUGAUUGAUGAAAAAGAGUCAAAUUGGGCGAGUGUUAAGAACCAACAUCAAAACCAAUUAAACAUGUUGAAGUCCACAAUUGAAGAGUUGAAGACGUCAAACGAAGUUGCUGAGUUGCAGCUCUAUUCCCAUCACCAACAAACUGAUCAUUCUGCGCCGUCCACGGCUUCUGCCUUGGUUGAAGUAGAUCUUUUAACCCGUGAAGUUGAGACGUGGAAAAAGCGUGUCUUCGAACUUGAAAAGAGAAAUGAAACUCUACGUACAGAUCUUACAGCCUCGAAGAUUGACUCCAAGGAAAGUACUUCCAGGGGGGAUCUUAGCAAAAGGUUGUCCGAGUUGGAAAGUGAAAAUGUUAUCCUUCUUGCAAGUUUGAGUCAAGCCCGUGAAAGCAUCAAAUCAUUAGCGAGAGAGAAGGAAAAUAAAGCGUCAUUAGAUUCUGAUGAAUUGCAGCAAAGGAUUCGUGAAAUCAACUUUCUAAGUGAAAAAUUAAGAAGUAUGGACGACUAUGAAGAAAAUAAACAGGAACUUUACCUCAUGCGUCAAAUUGAGUUUGGUGAAGGGGAGGCAAAUGAAGACAAAAACUUGGACUCGCUUCUAUUGAAAAGAAAUAAGGCUUUAACAAAGGAGCUUUCAGAACACAGAUCUGAACAUGAAGAUCUCGUGAAUAAAAUUCAGUCUUUGGAGAAAACCUUGCAUAUUGUGUCCACAAAACUAGAAGAUGCUCAAGCAUUCAAUGCAAAGUUGGAAAGUGACUUGACUAAUGUUCAAGAUGUACACAAUGUUAAUUUCAACGACACUGCUAGUAUUAUGUCCGUGAAGACACAUGGUACACGUCAAGUCGGGAGAGAGGGAUCCAUAGGUGGUGCUCAGAAUCUAGAUGAUGCUUCGAUCUUGCCUAUUAUCACAAAACAAAGAGAUCGGUUCAGGGAAAAAAACAAAAGCUUAGAGGAUGACUUAAGAAAACAGCAAAGUACAAUCAAUGAUUUGAGAAGAAAGAAUUCACAGUUGCAAACUGACAAUGAGGAUUUGUAUGAGAAAACGCGCUAUGUGGCCUCGUUGAGAGGCAAAGACUAUAAAUCCAUGUCCAGAGACUCAUCUUAUCAAAGAGAAAAUGGACGCAAGUUAUUAAACCCAAAGUCAAAUGUGAGAAAUCUUGAGAACCCCUACCAUAUCAGCUAUGAAUCAAAACUACACCCCAUUGAACAAUUUCGACAAAAAGAGCAAGAAAGGGUCAAUUCAAGAUUGUCGCCAGUUGAAAGGUUGUUUAUAUUUGUUACCAGGUCAGUGUUAGCAACAAGGACUACGAGGAUACUAUUCCUUGUAUACUGUGUCUGCCUUCAUUGCAUUGUCAUGUUCACUACAAUCCAUUCGAUGAGUCUUAGUGCAAGAAUGAUUCCAGAGGUUGGACUCAGUCAUAGUACUGGGGGUGUAGCGGAUGCCAACGGAGGAAAAAUAAUUCAGGAUGCUUCCUUUUAG